GCUGGUCUAGACCGAGAUACAAAGUCCUGGGAAUAUUUUCUUCAUAACCCUGCCGGGUAGCUAGCGGCAGGCACCAUGUUCACUGUUAACAUCUCAUCUUCCCUGCCAAUGGUAAAGUCUAAUGUAGAGCGCCGACGCCGGACAAGCAUCACCCUCAUGAACAGGGAGCCGCGGAAGAUCCUGCUGCACAAGGGUUCCACAGGUUUGGGAUUCAACAUUGUGGGCGGCGAGGAUGGAGAGGGCAUCUUCGUGUCUUUCAUCUUGGCAGGUGGGCCAGCUGACCUGAGUGGAGAGCUGAGGAGAGGAGACCGCAUCCUGUCGGUGAAUGGUGUAAACCUGCGCAAUGCUACCCAUGAGCAGGCUGCUGCUGCACUGAAGAGGGCUGGACAGACGGUGACCAUCAUUGCCCAGUACAGACCAGAAGAAUACAGUCGUUUUGAGUCCAAGAUCCACGACUUGAGGGAGCAGAUGAUGAACAGCAGCAUGAGCUCUGGCUCUGGCUCCCUCCGCACCAGUGAGAAACGCUCCCUCUACGUCAGGGCUCUUUUUGACUACGACAGGACCAGGGACAGUUGCCUCCCUAGCCAGGGCCUGAGUUUCUCCUAUGGGGACAUCCUGCAUGUCAUCAAUGCCUCAGAUGAUGAGUGGUGGCAGGCACGGCUGGUUACACCCCAUGGGGAGAGUGAGCAAAUUGGGGUCAUACCAAGCAAGAAAAGGGUGGAAAAGAAAGAGCGCGCACGGUUAAAAACAGUCAAGUUCCACGCAAGGACGGGCAUGAUUGAGUCCAAUAGGGAGAUGUUUGGCAGAAUGAACGACAUAAGGCCAGUCAAAGUGAAGCGCAAAAAAAGCUUCAACCUAUCUCGCAAGUUCCCGUUUUACAAGAGCAAGGAGAAUAUAGUGCAGGAGUUGGUAGAGACUGAACAAUGCUUGACGUCCAACACCAGUGACAGUGAAAGCAGCUCCAAGGGUCAGGAAGACACAAUUCUAUCAUACGAGCCAGUAAUUCGACAGGAGAUCCAUUACACAAGGCCUGUGAUUAUCCUGGGUCCAAUGAAGGACAGAGUAAACGAUGACUUGAUCUCAGAAUUUCCCCACAAGUUUGGAUCCUGCGUCCCACAUACAACUCGUCCUCGACGAGAGAAUGAGAUGGACGGCCAGGACUACCACUUUGUGGCUUCAAGGGAGCAAAUGGAGAAGGACAUUCAGGACAACAAAUUUAUUGAGGCCGGCCAGUUCAAUGAGAAUCUGUACGGGACCAGCAUCCUGUCUGUCCGGGCAGUGGCUGAAAGGGGAAAACACUGUAUCCUGGAUGUGUCUGGGAACGCCAUAAAGCGACUGCAGCAAGCACAGCUCUACCCAAUCGCCAUUUUCAUCAAGCCAAAAUCUGUGGAGGCCCUAAUGGAAUUGAAUAAGAGGCAGACAUACGAGCAAGCCAAUAAAGUCUUUGAUAAGGCAAUGAAGCUCGAACAAGAGUUUGGAGAAUAUUUCACAGCCAUAGUCCAGGGUGACUCACUAGAUGAGAUCUAUAAUAAAAUCAAGCUGAUCAUAGAGGAGCAGUCAGGCCCUUACAUCUGGAUCCCGUCCGCAGAGAAGCUCUGAGCUCACCGCCUCCACGGAGCCCCCACCUGACCCCCGCACCCACUCCCACCCGACACCUUUCCUUCCCUUUCACUGAUAUGUUUCAUAUCAAGUUUUAGUGUCAUCAUUAUGUUACCCUCAAUUGAAAGACGUCUUCUCACCAUUACUGUGACUGUGCACACCCCUGCAUGAGUUUCUCAGCAAUUCCAUUCAAGAUUGGAAAUGCCAUUCCUAAAGAAAUUUUUUGUCAUGUAAAACAAAAAAAGGGAAACCUGAGCGAAUCCUUUUCGUGCGUUUUGGACGGACUUGAAGAUGAGAAUGUCUCAACGAAGUGAGAAUGGGGAGCCGGGGAGUUGGAGAUGGAGGCACGAGCGGGAACCUUGUAUAUGUUCAUUCAAUUUCAUGAAAAAAGACAUUCAAGGAUGCUGUGCGAGGUUUUUUACGAGGACUAGAUACAGUUCAAACCUGCUGAUGGUACCGUCACUGCUCGUGUUUCUAAUGGAUAAACUUCAAAACAGUACUCACAAACCAGCUCGCUGUACUUGAUUGGCCACCUGGCCGUUUGUAUGGCGACGCAUCCGGAGGUAGAACAAAAUGGAAAACGGGGUUUGAGUCUAUACAUUUAUAUUACUGAAAUCACAUGGAAAAUAAAAACCCUAUGGAGAGAUUUUACUACAUAAUACGGUACACAUUUUACACUUCACUAGAAUUGUCUACUCGGAGGGCUGUUAGAUUUCAUUUACUUGUCUUUGGGUUUUUGUGUUCUUUCUUUCUUGUGGUUUUAGCUGCUCUGUAUUAAAGAUGGGGGUAGAGAGGUGUAAAUGGGCUCUCUGCAGACCACCAAACUGCCUUACAAUGAAUAAACGCUUCUGUCAAA